CGCCUUUAGGCGCUGUAGGGCGGCGGGCUUCGGCUUCUUCUGGUCGCCCAACGUGUCCUCGGACUUGCGCUUGCGCGACCCAGGAACCGGAAGCGCUUGGCAAAGCUGCGGGAUCGCUGGCGGGGUCGUCGUUAGCGGGCACAAUAAACGACGACAUGCUCUCGAUAACGCUGUCUGGUGGCUGCUCGGUAGUGCUCGCUGCUAGCUUGGCCUUUUGGGGAUCCGAUCCGCUAUCGUCGUCGUCAUCAACCGACGAUUCGUCGCUGGGCUCGCCGUUUCCCUCUUCCAGCUGCUUGUUGCGCGCAUCGACAAUAUCCUUGUCCUCCUCAGUACCACAGAUACUGUGUCUCGUCAAGCCUUGUCCACUGGCUCAUAGAGUCCAGCAGCCACGCAACAGUGACGACGAUUGGCGGGUGCCUGCGCAUGUUUCCGCUCUUGGAGUUUUUCAGACGCCGUGCCUUGUGCACUUUGGCUGUAUCCCGUUUGCCAGCGACCAUAGUGCGUGGUGCGCUUGCUGACAUCAGUCUCGCAGCGCGCACCAAACUGCUCAGCCCACCGCCAAAGAUCGCUUUUCUCGGGCGGCGGAGCACCAGGGUG